AUGAAACAUAUUAUCAGUUCAUAUGAACACACCAACGACACAGCAAGAAACAAUUCAGAUUGCCCUGAUGUAGUUUUGCCAGAAGAGAUAUUUUUCACAAUCUCCAUCAUUGGCGUUCUGGAGAACCUGAUGGUCCUCCUGGCUGUGAUCAAGAAUAAGAAUCUCCAGUCCCCCAUGUACUUUUUUAUCUGCAGCUUGGCCAUUUCUGACAUGUUGGGCAGUCUGUACAAGAUAUUGGAAAACAUCCUGAUCAUGUUAAGAAACCGGGGUUAUCUCAAGCCUCGUGGCAAUUUUGAAAGUACAGCCGAUGACAUCAUUGACUGCUUGUUCAUUCUCUCUUUGCUGGGCUCUAUCUUCAGCCUGUCUGUGAUUGCUGCUGACCGCUACAUCACCAUCUUCCAUGCCCUACAAUACCACAGCAUUGUAACCAUGCGCCGCACCGUCAUCACCCUAGCAGUAAUCUGGAUAUUCUGCACGGGGAGUGGCAUCGCCAUGGUGAUCUUCUCCCACCACAUCCCCACCGUGCUCACCUUCACAUCACUCUUCCCUUUGAUGCUAGUUUUCAUCCUGUGUCUCUACAUUCAUAUGUUCUUACUUGCCCGCUCCCAUGCUAGGAAGAUCUCUACUCUUCCUAGAGCCAACAUGAAAGGUGCCAUCACACUGACUAUCCUUCUUGGGGUCUUCAUCUUCUGUUGGGCCCCCUUUAUCCUCCAUGUCCUCUUAAUGACCUUCUGCCCGAAUAAUCCUUACUGUGUUUGCUACAUGUCUCUCUUCCAGAUCAAUGGCAUGUUGAUCAUGUGUAAUGCAGUCAUUGACCCCUUUAUAUAUGCCUUUCGGAGCCCAGAGCUCAGGGAUGCUUUCAAAAAGAUGCUCUCCUGCAACAGGUAUCAGUAG